AUGGGCGACCCGCAGGUCGCUCAGUUCGCCAGCUGGGACGCCUGCGCAACCAAGGCCUCGGCCGCCGACUACCUUGCCGCCACAAUCCUUCCCCAACCCUGGUACAGAGCCAUCUGCCUCCACGAGAGACCCGUCGGCUUCGUUGCCGCAAGGCCGGGGACGGCGAUCGAUCGGUGUAGGGCGGAGCUGUCGUACGGCGUAGCGGAGAUAUAUGUAGCAGCGGCGGCGGUUGGGAUGGCGGUGGCGGCGCUGUUUGCGGAGUUGCCGGAGCUGGAGAGGGUGGAGGGGCUGGUCGCCGUGGAGAACAAGGCCUCCAAGCGGGUCCUGGGGAAGGCGGGGUUCGUCAGGGGAGUCUUGAGGAGGUACCGUGUCGUCAGAGGGAAGCUCUGGGACAUGGUGUGCGACAGCCUCACCCACCCAGAUCUACCGUGA